AGUAUUUAUAUCAUAUUUCGUAUUUCUAAAAGCCGUUAAUUUGAAAAAUUCAGUGAAGUGCAUGAAUUCUGAAAAUAUUGUAACUUGGAGGGUCGUAAUGGCUGACAGUUGAACUUCAGAGCGUUUGUUCGUCCCUGUUACGAACUGUAUCUAAAAUUGAGAUGCUGACGUGUGUUUCCACGUAUAGUCGUCUUUUACAAGAUCAGUUAGUAUUAUUUUUACCAAGAAUAUCAAAGGAACACCCCCGGAUCACCCAUCGACUGUUUGCUUGUGCAGUUUGUAGGGCGCACUUACGGGGGGAUCCAAAAUGGACUUACUUCAAUAAUGUUUGGUAUUAUCACCCAUGGACAAAUGGUUUUAGAAUACUGAGUACAAGUUGCAGGAAAUAUGAACAAAAAAACACACAACCUCCUGACAUUCCUGCAUCGACAGAAAAAGUGCAAUUUUUAAAAUCUGGAAUUUCAGAAGCCAUUAUUAAAGUUAAACCUUAUAUAAGAAAAAGAGUGGAUUACAGUAAGAAAUAUACAGAUAAUAAUUUAAUAACUGCUAUUAGAGCUAUGAAUGAAUAUUUAUUAAAAUCAAGUGAUUUGGAAGACUUGCGUAAAACAGCACGUAGAAGUCCAUAUCUAGAAGAAGAUAAACCCUCAAUGAUGAUGUAUCUAAGAUCUGAUGUGCAUGCAAGGGCUAUGGAAGUUUGGGGAAGUCAAGAAGCACUUGAAAGAGAAAGAAAGAAAAGGCAACAACAAGAAGAUAUUUACAAAGAGCAUAAGUUUCUACUCAAGAAAGCUAUAAAAGAUUAUAAUCAAUUCUACGGGAAUACACAGGUAGAAAACCCUUAUCUCCAUGGUUAUGAUAAAGAGUUAUUACUGAAGCCAAAGGAACACAUGCUGCAUGGUUCAGGAAGAGUUGUGCUAACUGCAAUAAUUAU